GUAAAGGGCAGAUGAUGAGGAGGGGGGAGAUCUGGUUUCUCACUUGUCACAAACUGCCAGGAGGUAUCCCAGGCCACUACAACUCCGCCUCGUCGUGAUUUACGGGCCACUGCUAAAGUUUGGGGGGUGGUGCGGUGCCGUGCCCUCCUCCCCCUUCGUGUGCGGUGACAGCAUGAGAGCCUGCGUCACUCCGUAGUCGGGCAGCUGCGGCGGGUCGAGGGUCCGGCAGCUGGCCGUUGCCUGGAUCGGACGGCAUGCAGGGGUGCGGGCCGGCGGCACCUCCUCCGCAUCUGCAGCCCGGGCACAGAUCGGUGUGACGGCGCAGAGAGCCGUACCUCCACCAUGCAGCGCGUGGGUCUGAACCGGGGGCUCAGCGCUGCUGUGCUACUGCUGCACACCUGGGCCUGGGUUCGAACAGAUGCGAUCGAUCCCAUUCCUAAGAUUGACGGGAAGCUGCACUCUGCCGUCACGCUCAAAGAGAAUGCGACACACCAGUUUAACUGCCAGUCCGAGGGCUGGACCCCCCAGAGCCCACCCCUGCUCACCUGGUACCUGAAUGGGGAGAGGCAAUCGCAGGCCCCGGACAGCGGAACGGAUCAGCUGGUGCUGCCCCCGUGGGAGCCGGUCAGGGUCCGUGACAGGGGUUCCAAGCCAAACGGCACUUUCGCACUUCAUGCGAGAAAAUGGGACAGAGAGCUGGUGUGUGCUGUUGCUGACCCCCAAAGCGGAAAGAGCUACAAUGCCACUGUGGUCCUCAACGUGCAGUAUCAGCCUGAGAUUUUGCGAGUGAACGCCCACUACAGUGAGACCUCUGACCCAGGCAUAUCCUUAGUUCUCUUUGCCUUGGUACGGUCAAACCCCCUUGCAACCAUAACCUGGCUGGACCAGGCCGGUCAUGUGGUGGCCAACACAUCUGACUUCCUCAUCCUGGACUCCCGCGGCUACCCCUGGCUCACCAAACACACGCUGCGCGUGAGCCCGAGCAAUCUCUCGGGGAACGUCUCCGUGAAGGCCAGCAACAGCUUGGGAUACGCUCAGAGCAACCUCACCCUCACAGAAUUCCUGCGGUCUCGUGUGGAGGUGCCGUUGCUGGGGAUUGUGACAGGGGGUGCUCUUGGCUUUGUGACUCUUCUCAUCCUCACUCUCCUACUGCUUUUUCUGCUCCAUAAGAACAAAGGGAAAGAUAUUGAGAAACCAGUGGAGAUCACCAUACCCAAGAGUGAAUCGCCCCAGGCUCGACUGGACAGUAGGUACCUGCCCCGUGAGAACAUGUCCCUGCCCUCGAACCUGCAACUCAAUGACCUCAAAACCCCCUGCAAAGGAGUGGCGCCAAAGCAGGGAGAGGAGGGCAACAGCGAUCAGGACCUGUGUGCAGCCUAUGCGGCCAGAGGCUUCACUCGGUACCCCAUGGUAGGCUACAUCUACAAGGUGAACAGCAUGAGCAGUGAUGAAAUCUGGCUCUGAUGCCUCGCUCUCAUCGUAUGGCAUCAGCCAGGAUCCCACAGGAGCUGUAGCCCUCCUGCCAGUACGCCUGUCAACUAAUCACUCAGCCAGCGAGGGCCGAUGGAGUUCUCGAGCGGAAGGAAGGGACGGACGUCAUCAAUGAGCACAAGUCCUUUUUUUUUUUUUAAAUUUUAUUUUUAUUUUUAUUUUUCGGAAGAAUGUCAAGGCAUCAACGUGUGCCUCAGUUUGAUGCAACACUAGGGGGUGCUAUUGGGGAACCCCUGUGGUUCUUCCCUGUAUAGACUGAGCCUAUAUCUGUCCCCACCCUCCCUAUUAGCAGCUGAGAGUGUAUGGUUCAUUUCUGAUUUCAGUUUCAAGGGUCAACGGAAACAUCUCCGGUUUUAGUCUGGCUCCAGCGAAUAUGGCGAACAUUCAGCGAAAAGACAAAUUACUAAAAGUGACCGAGUUGUUUUUCUUUUGGGACAGCAUAUAUGUACUCCGGUCUUGGUACAACACCACUCUCAGUGACAAACCCCAAAGUUCCUGCUUAAACGUGGAAUGUUACAUGUGAACACAUUCUUUGUAUAACCGUGGGAAUGACCUUGUAUGACAACCAUGUAUGUCUAUAGAUAAAUAUGUACUGUGAAUGCAUAAAUACAUAUCCAGGAUGAUAAUGCAGAUAAUCCAAUAAAUAU